AUGGCGUCGGCAACAGACGCGCUGCAGUCGUUCCUGCAGACGAACCCGGUGGCGGUGUCGAUCACAGAUGCGUGGCGGUCGCUGACGGAGCGGCGCGACAAGUUCGGCCUCAGCAACCCCGGCACGGUCGAGUCGCUGGCCAAGGAGGUGCAGCGCGAUGUGCUGCUCAACAACCACAUGUUCACGGGCAUCAAGGCGGACCUGACGAAGCCGUUUAGCGUGUCGCCGCUGUUCCAGGUGUCGCACCAGUUUGCCCUCGGCGAGCGGUUACAACCAUACACGUUCGCCGCACUCUAUGGCACGAACCAGGUCUUCUGCCAAGGAAACGUCGACAACGAGGGCCAGCUGUCGGCCCGCUUCAACUACCGCUGGACCAACGCGCUCGUCAGCAAGGCGUCGCUGCAGCUGGCGCCCGGCGACGGCCAGCAGAUGGCCCAGUUCGAGCACGAGUACACGGGCCGCGACUUCACGACGUCGCUCAAGAUGAUGAACCCGUCGGUGCUCGACGGCGGCCUCACCGGCAUCUACAUUGCCAGCUACCUGCAGUCCGUCACGCCCAAGCUGGCGCUCGGCCUCGAAGGCGUGUGGCAGCGUGCUGCGCUGUCACAGCCGCCGGAUGCUGCUCUGUCCUACUGCGCGCGCUACCAGUCCAACGACUGGGUUGCGACCGCCCAGAUGCACCCGCAGGGCGCCAUCAACACGAGCUUCUGGCGCCGCCUGUCCGAGAGCGUGCAGGCCGGCGUCGACAUGACGCUGUCCCUGGUGCCGAGCGGUGGCGGCGGCGUGAUGGGCGGUGGUCUGCAGAAGGAGGGCCUGACGACCUUUGGCGCCAAGUACGACUUCCGCAUGUCCACCUUCCGUGCACAGCUGGACUCGCGGGGCAAGCUGGGUGUGCUGCUGGAGAAGCGGGUAGCGGCACCGGUCAUGAUGACCUUUGCCGCCGACGUUGACCACGCUACUCAACAAGCCAAGAUUGGCCUCGGCAUCUCGAUCGAGACGGGCGGCGAGGAUAUUGAGCUGAACCCUGACGGCUCGCCGGUCCACACACCUCCCAACAACGUGCCGUUCUAA